AAAAGUCUCUGACGAUCUCAGCUGAGUUUCCUGAUCGGCAGAGGCUUUUCAAAACAUUAGAAAAAAUGCUUUGAAAAGUUAAAAAAAAAAAGUUGGCCACGUCCACCCAGUCACAUUACCACCACCAAGCCACGCCCAAAAAACUGGUAAUAACAAAUUUUACAUUUCACCCCUGGGAUGUUGCUUGUUUUCUAUCUAGAUCAGGCACUUCCGAGGGCCACAUAACUAUAAUCCCAUCCUAUCCAGUCCUCCUGCAGUACUCUGCUGGCCGAAAAUGGGCCGUGCAUAGGUCCUGCGGGGCCCGUUUUUGCCUAGCAGAAUGCUGCUGGAGGUCGGGUGAGUGUUGCUGGAGGCUGCGGAGGCCAAAAAGGGGCCACCCAGGCGCCUCAUGGUCACCUCCACGUGACCUGGUUUUGGUCAAGAGAGUACUGCUGGAGGCCAGGGAGGCCAAAAACAGGCCAUGCAGGCACCUUCAGGGGGCCUCCGCACAGCCCAUUUUUGCCCAGGAGAAUGCUGCUGGAGGCCAGGGAGGUGUAAAAAACCCCCUGAAACCCGCUUUUGGCCUCCCUGGCCUCCAGCAGCAUUUUCCUAGCCUCCAGCAGAAUUUUGGCUGGCAGAGGCACCUUGGGCCAGUCCUUUGAUAUUUCCAGGCCACCCCAUGGACCAGGUGUAAUCACCCUGCUGGCCUUGAGUUUGACACCCCUGCUUUAGAGACAACCCCUAGGAACUUAAGACCAUAAAAGGAAAUUUGUAAAUAAGGGCAGAGGGGGAGGAUAGAAUUAUGAGUUGUGGGAGAUGUAAUCAGGGGCGGAGAUAAUGUAUUCAUUUUAGAUGAAUUGGAUACGUUGUGACAUAAUUACUAUUCCAAUGAGCAAAAGGUGGGAGGCAAAUUUGUAACUAGAGAAUAUAUGGUAAAUGUAUUGAUGAUUUAGGGUGUGUCUGCUGUACCUGCCUGUGUUAUGGUCCGGCUUUGUGUUGUAGGCAGAGAGGGGGCCAGGGCUAUCUGGGAGUCAUGGGCUGCCUCCGGAGCCUCCAGAGUCGGACAUCAGUGAUGCAGAGUGUGCGCAUGCACAGAGCUGCCAGAAGACAAGAAUAGUUAAGACAAAAUGGAUGACUCUGGAAUAGGGCUUGGAGAUGAUUGGCCUCUCCCAUAAGACAUAAAGGAGGAGCAAAGGCACGUGAGCUUUUGCAGGAAGCAACUUUGUUCGUUCUGGUCGGUUUAAAUCGGGUGAAAUGCUACCGGUUCAGACUGGUUCAGUCAAACUGGUAGUGAUGGUGGUGGAUGGUUCGGAGAAGCGGUAGCGACAGCAGCGUGAGGCUCUGCCCACCCGCCCGUUUGUUGUUAGUUCCUGGUUGUACCCAGGAAGUAACCUUUUUUUUACCCUCUGCACAAGCACAGAAGGGUUUGCACAGGCACAGAGGAUCCAAGCACACACGUGACGCUUCCGAACCGUUAGGGAAGGUAAGUAGAUUUUACCCCUGGUUUAAAUUCUGAAGCUCCGUUUUGACUCUGUGCUAUGUGUGGCCUUGCAAAGUUAAUUGCCAAUUAGAUCUUGGCAGCGUGUCAAGAGAGAUAAAUGUGGGUGCUUAUCCACCUUAUCCCGAAGUCGGAUUCUUUACAAACUAUUUGUGACUCAUUAUGGGAUGUGAAUGAACAUAAUUCACAGCCGAUGAAAUGAAAAGAGGCUUUUUGGGACUAAUCCUGUGCUUUUUACUGUCUGAGGAAGCCUAGGUCAGAACAGCCUGUGCGAUGUCGUCCUCCCACUGCAAAGCAGUGAAUAAAAUUACCAUCGUUUUCUCUUGGCGGUUUUGGCUGGUGAUUGUUUAUUUCCAAACUAGACAAGGAGUCCCACCAUUCCCUUUUGCGGCCUCCUCCAAUCACUGUUGAGCUUUCGGGGCGGCUGUUCUUGAGGGAAGUGAGUUCAAAUCCUCCAGAGAUAUUUUUCUCCAUCUCCACAGACGGUUCCUGGAGAGGAAGAUGGAGAAGCUUCCACCGCUGAAGACGCUGAUGCUUUUCUGCGACAGGGAGCCUUUCCUCCUCCUCACAUGCCCAUCGUCCCUUCCCCUCCUCCCCACCUUCCUCCCCAACAGAUACUCUCCUUUUUUCCGCCCUUUCAUAGAAUCCUGGCACAUUGCGCAGCUUCCACCAGGAGGUGCUCUCAUAUUAAGGAGGGAAGUGAGCAGGCGCCGGGCUCUUCCCCUAAAUUCAUCUGGAGAGGUGCAUCUGUCCUUCCUGCUCCCCCUCCCACACAGCCCCACUAAAAGUGGGAGGCGGGGCCUUUGCUGGAGGCGCAGAGGCUGCGGGGAAGCUUUUGGGGAGACGCCGAUCCCAACGAGACUCCCGAGUGGCAGCUCUGCCCGUGCAAAGGGGCCCCACGCUGGAGGGAUAUAUGUUAGCCUGUCCAUCUCAGCACAUCGAAGAAUCUUGUUUAUUAUCAGAUGGUCAGGGGGCGUAUCUGCAUCUUUCCACAGUUGAGCAAAUGCCAUUCUCUCCACUGUUGAGACAUGGACAAAUAUAUACCAAUCCUUCUUAUCGACGUAGUCCGGUCUUAUUCCGAAUGCAGAAACUAGAGUCAUCACAACAAUUUUCCUAACAACAACAAGUGAAUUCUUGGGCGAAGAUCCUGGAUAGCUUUUGUGAUCACUCCUGCCACUUCAGGAAUAGUCCUAUGAAUUGAAAAGUGUUUGGAGAUUCCUCAGAACUAUCUGGAAUUUCCUUAUAGGACAGAGAAAGAAUGCAGAAAAAAACGUUAGCAAAUGAGGAAACUGGAAAAGGCCUCCCAGCGGUUCAGACUGGCAGCUAUGAGAAGAUCUGGGCAAGAACUGGGCAAAAGAUCGUGGAAAAGGAAACCAUUACCCCUUCAGAGAUUCAGCCAUGCAACUUCAGAAACAUCCAAUACCAGGAGGCUGAAGGUCCCCGAGGACUUUGCAGCCGACUCCACAACAUUUAUAGUCAAUGGCUGAGGUUAGAAAAGCACACUAAAACCCAAAUGUUGGACCUGGUUGUUCUGGAGCAGCUCCUGGCCCUUCUGCCCCUGCCGAUGAAGAGCUGGGUGCGGGAGUGUGGAGCAGAGACCAGCUCCCAAGCGGUGGCCCUGGCAGAAGGCUUCCUCCUGAGUCAGGCAGAGGAGCAGAAGGAGGAAGUCGAAUUGCAGUCCUUCACUCUGCAGAACAGAGAACCUAUGAGAAAGAGGAAUCCAUCAAAUCCCCCUCGGGAGCUGUUUUCCAGGGGGGUCUAUCAUGAAUCCGCAAGUCAGGACAUCUCAGAUGGGAAGGACAAAAUGAAUUUGACUCCUUUUUAUGGUGGUGCUGAAAUUCUGGUUGAAGCUCCAAAAGAAGCUCUCGUGUCCUUUAAGGAGGUGGCUGUGUAUUUCUCCGAAGAGGAGUGGUCUCAGCUGGAUGCUGACCAAAAAGCACUGCAUCGGGAAGUCAUGCUGGAAAAUCACAGGAACGUGGCCUCUUUGGGUAAUAAUGGGGAGGAAGAUGAAGAUUCCAGAGAACUAUUCGAAAUGAUCAGUCGUGGAUACAAUAUGAAGAACCCUACAAUUCUAAUAGAAGUAGAAAGCCAUGAGAGAAACCAGUCAAAUAAUUGCAAUCAGGAAAGCUCAUCUUCUGUUCAUGCCUCAGCGAAAGCCUCUGUGACCGAACAAGGACAACUAAAAACGAAAUAUAUUGGAAAAUGUACAAAACUAUUCAUAAAUAAAUUAGAUGUAAAUCAAUACUAUCAAACCCAAACCAAUGGAGAAGAUUAUAUAUGUAGAGACAAUGGAAAAAAUUACAAAUGGACGCAGUCUCUUCCUCAUAAAAAUGGGUCCUGUACAUCUCAAAAAAGAACCGACAUAGGAGAACAGCCACAUAAGUGCAUGCAGUGUGGAAAGAGCUUUAGUAGGAAAAGUUACCUGAAAUGUCAUAAGAGGAUCCACACAGGAGAGAAACCCUAUAAAUGCAUGGAGUGUGGAAAGAGCUUCCCUUAUAGUACUUCUCUUACUUCACAUUCCCGGAUCCACACAACAGAGAAGCCAUAUAAAUGCACGGAGUGUGGAAAGAGCUUUAGUUGGAGGAACAGUCUUGCUUCCCAUAAAAGGAUCCACAAAGCAGAGAAGAUAUAUAAAUGCACUGAGUGUGGUAAAGGUUUUAUUGAAAACAGUAAACUUACACGUCAUAAACGGAUCCAUACAGGAGAGAAGCCCUAUAAAUGCAUGGAGUGUGGAAAGACCUUCUCUCAUAGUAAUUCUCUUACUUCCCAUUACUCGGUCCAUACAGGGGAGAAGCCAUAUAAGUGCACAAAGUGUGGAAAGAGCUUCUCUCAAAGUUCUUCUCUUAAUCUUCAUAAAAGAAUCCACACAGGAGAGAAGCCCUAUAAAUGUAUGGAAUGUGGAAAGAGCUUCCCUAGCAGCAGUGACCUUGUUUUCCAUAAAAUGACCCACACAGGGGAGAAGCCACAUAAAUGCAUGGAGUGUGGAAAGAGCUUUAUUAAGAACUGUGAACUUAUUUACCAUAGUAGGAUCCAUACAGGGGACAAGCCAUAUAAAUGCAUGGACUGUGGAAAGAGCUUUAUUAAGAACUGUCAACUUACUUACCAUAGUAGGAUCCAUACCGGGGAGAAGUCAUAUAAAUGUAUGGAAUGUGGGAAAUGCUUUACGGAGUCUAGUAAUCUUAAUUCCCAUAAAAAUAGCCACACAGGGGAGAAGCCUUAUAAAUGCAUGGAAUGCGGAAAGAGUUUUUCUACGAACCGUUAUCUUAAUCACCAUAAAAGGAUCCACACAGGGGAGAAGCCUUAUAAAUGUAUGCUGUGUGGAAAAGGUUUUAUUAUGAACAGUUAUCUUAACUACCAUAAAAGAACCCACACAAUGGCACUUUGGGCAAAGUCCACCAGGGGGCGCUCUCGGACUCACGUGGGAACUGAGCAUGCGCCCAUCUCUUCGGCUGGAGUUCGUCGGGAAAGGCGUCUGCCCUUGCUGCCUCCUCCGUCCGCUGUGAGUGGGAGGCGCAGAGGCUGCCGGGAAGCCAUUGCAGGGACGCCAAUCCCGACGAGACCCCAGAGUAGCCUGAGUGGAGGUUCUGCCCGUGCAAAGGGGUCCCGCGGUGGAGGGGACAGAGAAAUGAUGCAGAAAGAAGCAUUAGGAAGUGAGGGACCUGGAAAAGGCCACUCACUCACUCAGCCUGACAGCUGUGGGAAGAUCUGGGCAAGAACUGGGCAGAAGAUUGUGGAGAAGGAAACCAUUACCCCUUCAGAGAUUCAGACAUGCAGCUUCAGAAACAUCCAAUACCAGGAGGCUGAAGGUCCCCGAGGACUUUGCAGCCAACUCCACAACCUUUAUAGUCAAUGGCUGAGGUUAGAAAAGCACACUAAAACCCAAAUGUUGGACCUGGUUGUUCUGGAGCAGCUCCUGGCCCUUCUUCCCCUGCCGAUGAAGAGCUGGGUGCGGGAGUGUGGAGCAGAGACCAGCUCCCAAGCGGUGGCCCUGGCAGAAGGCUUCCUCCUGAGUCAGAGAGAGGAGCAGAAGGAGCAAGUCGAAUUGCAGUCUGUCAUUCUGCAGACCAGAGAACCUAUAAGAAAGAGGAAUCCAUCAAAUCCUCCUUGGGAGCGGUUUUCCAGGAGGGUCUAUCAUGAAUCCGCAAGUCAGGACAUCUCAGAUGGGAAGAACAAAACGAAUUUGACUCCUUUUUAUGGUGGUGCUGAAAUUCUGGUUGAAGCUCCAAAAGAAGGUCUCGUGUCCUUUAAGGAGGUGGCUGUGUAUUUCUCCGAAGAGGAGUGGUCUCAGCUGGAUGCUGACCAAAAAGCACUGCAUCGGGAAGUCAUGCUGGAAAAUCAUAGGAACGUGGCCUCUUUGGGUAAUAAUGGGGAGGAAGAUGAAGAUUCCAGAGAACUAUUCAAAAUGAUCAGUCAUGGAUACAAUAUGAAGAACCCUACAAUUCUAAUAGAAGUAGAAAGCCAUGAGAGAAACCAGUCAAAUAAUUGCAAUCAGGAAAGUUCAUCUUCUGCAUCAACGAAAGCCUCCGUGACCGAACAAGGACAACUAAAAACAAAAUAUAUUGGAAAAUGUACAAAACUAUUCAUAAACAAAUUAGAUAUAAAUCAAUACUAUCAAACCCAAACCAAUGGAGAAGAUUAUAUAAGUAGAGACAAUGGAAAAAAUUACAAAUGGACGCAGUCUCUUUCUCAUAAAAAUGGGUCCUGUACAUCUCAAAAAAGAACCCACACAGGAGAAAAGCCACAUAAGUGCAUGCAGUGUGGAAAGAGUUUUAGUAGGAACAGUUACCUUAAAUGUCACAAGAGGAUCCACACAGGAGAGAAACCCUAUAAAUGCAUGGAAUGUGGAAAGAGUUUCACUUAUAGAACUUCUCUUACUACGCAUUCCCGGAUCCAUACAACAGAGAAGCCGUAUAAAUGCAUGGAGUGUGGAAAGAGCUUUAUUAAGAACUGUUAUCUUAUUUAUCAUAGUAGGAUUCAUACAGGGGAGAAGCCGUAUAAAUGCAUGGAGUGUGGAAAAUGCUUUAUAGACUCUUGUCGUCUUAUUGGCCAUAAAAAGAGCCACACAGGGGAGAAGUAUAUAUGUGUUGAAUGUGGAAAGAGUUUUUCUACAAAGACAUAUCUCAAGACCCAUGAAAGGAUCCACACAGGGGAGAAGCCUUAUAAAUGCAUGGAAUGUGGAAAGAGUUUUUCUAGGAAGACGAAUCUUAAGACCCACGAAAGAAUCCACACAGGGGAGAAGCCUUAUAAAUGCAUGGAAUGUGGAAAAAGUUUUUCUAGGAAGACGUAUCUUAAUCACCAUAAAAGGAUCCACACAGGGGAGAAGCCUUAUAAAUGUAUGCUCUGUGGAAAAGGUUUUCUGAUAAACAGAUAUCUUAAGUACCAUAUAAGGACCCAUACAAUGUAGAAGCCAUAUAAAUCUGUGAAAUCAGAAAGAAGUUUCAAGGGGACCAAUGGUGGUAUUUCCAUUCACGAAUUAAAUUUGGGUGAGAAUAUGUAAAAAUUUUACCUUUUAGUUGUUGAAAUAUAUGCAUUUCCUAAUUAGUGAAUUAGGAAAGGGAUUAAUUGUGUUGUAAUUAAGAACAGUGGAUUUUUGUAGCUACUGUUGUGAUUUAGGCUUCCUGAAUCAUUAAAAUAUACAAGUAGUCCCAAAAA